AUGUCCGGACGACAGGGGUAUGAAUGUCAACCUGACGGGAGGUGGUCAGAAGAAACAAAAAAAAAGGCUGGUCGCUUUGCUUGUUGGCUGUUGGUUGCGCCAAAUUCCAGCCUGCUUGUGUAG